UCCUACAGAGGAGAAAAUGACUGGGAACUCAUUUAAAUGUCUGGAUAUUUGGUUUGUGCCUGGAAACUCACCUGCUCAUCCCUCAGACGCAGAGAGGCUCACCUGUUGUAUCUGGAUCAAACAGCUGUCUCUACAACACCUACACUUUGCAUUAGUUUGUCAGCCCUAAGCCAUUCAAAGACUUUCUUAGCAGCCAACGGAGGUGAACCCAGAGAUGAUACUCUAUUUCAAGGCAUAGUCCUACUUCUUUAUACUUGAGCAGAAUGAUAAGAUUUUUUGAAAUUGUGCCAGAGCAGUGGUAGCGCCAAAUCAUGAUGAGCUUCAUUUAACCAAGAAACGUGCCAACUUUGAUGGGCCAUGAAGACUUGGGUGCUAGCUCCUAAUUAGAGUGUGGUCCCGGAUAUUUGUGCAAAUUGUACAUGGACCCCCAAGAUUGAGAAACUCUACUGAUGUCUGCCUUGCUGCUGGUCUGUCUUUGGGUUAUCUUUGGUGGGACUCAGAUAAGCCUAAACAUCGGUCUGAAAUCAUGGACACCAUGCACAGACCUUCAGCCACUGGACAUGUUGUCAGAAGUGAUCUCUUCCAGCAAGUCCUUAGGUGGGUUACGAAUGGUACAGUCUCAAGGGGCCCGUGGAUUUCGUCUUUCUGCAUCUCCACAUGUGCUUAGUUUUCCAUCAUCACAUCUUUUCAAAACUUGCCAUCUCUUUCCAGAGGAAUUUUCUCUUGUUUUCACCAUAAAGAUCCCCAGCCUUCCACCCAAGAAAAAUGAAUACCUGUUCACUGUGAUAACUGAAGGAAGAGGAAAUGUCCUCCUUGGCUUGAGAUACUCCAAUAACAAAAUUCACUUCUUAUUCUGGAAUAUGGAAGACUCCCCAGAAUGGCAGACCAAGGUUACCUUUCGUGGCAUCUCCCUGGCCAAUGAUCGGUGGCACACAUUUGUCCUAGCUGUAUCUGGCGUUUCUGUUUCCCUCUCCAUUGACUGCAGCGUUCCUAUAGAAGUUGUCCUAGACAAACCAUUUCCAGCAUCCCUAAACACCAUCAACUCCAGGAUAUAUAUUGGAAGCAGAAGGCGGCGUAAAGGUUUUUUUUCUGGCUUGUUGAGGCAACUUGUUCUUCUGCCAGGAUCUGAUGCAACAUCUACUAUAUGUCCUAAUGUCAGACCAAGGCUUACAGAGCUGUCCAUUCCCCAGGUGCUGAAAGAGCUACCACUUAGGACUGAAGGAAGUGAAAUUCAACUGAUGUACCCGUAUGAAGCUGAUAUGAAGGUGACCUUAGGUCCAAAGCCCCCAUGCUCAGAUAGUGAAAUUUCCCAAUUCUGGAUGGAUACAUCUCUCAAGGGUCUCUUCCUCUGUAAUGGCAUUGAAUGGAUACCCGUACUAGAAAGAAAGGAGAAGCUUGACUAUGUGGAGGACUAUCAGAACCUUGCCACUGCUUCAGAAUCGAUGGGGUUGGAGAUCUUCUUUAUCCCAAAUGUGGGUUAUUUUGCUGUAAUGGCUAACAAGAACAACCAGCCUGGCUCAGCCCUGUACAAGUGGAUCAACGGAAAAUUUAUAAUUCACCAGUACUUUUCUACCUACCAAGCCCAAGCCUGGAAGCACUUCACAAUAGAAAAAAGGAUAUUUUUAGCCCUGGCGAACUUUGAAAAGAAUGAAGAUGGGAAGGAGCUGUCAGUCAUUUACAAAUGGAACCCAAAGAAAAUGAAAUUUCUUCGGUAUCAGACAAUUCCCACAUACAGCGCCCGUGACUGGGAGGCCUUUCACAUAGAUGGAGAUACUUUCUUAGCUGUUGCCAAUCACAGGGAAGGCAACAACCACAAUAUCAACAGUGUUAUAUAUAAGUGGAACUCAAGCAAUGGCCUAUUUGAGCUCAAUCAGACCAUCCCUACCUCAGGGGCUUACGACUGGGAAUUCUUCAGUGUUGGGCCCUAUUCCUUUUUGGUUGUAGCAAACACAUUUAAUGGCACAUCCACCAACAUCCAAUCUCACAUCUACAUCUGGCUGGGGGGCACCUUCAGACCCUUUCAGUCCAUAAUGACCUUCGGAGCAUCAGACUGGGAGUUUUUCAGAAUAAAGGAUCGCUUUUUUCUGGCGGUGGCCAAUAGUCAUAAUUACACAGUGGGAAUAAAAAUGCAGAGAACUGAAGAAUAUGCCAUAGUCUCCGCUAUUUAUGAGCUGAACAUCACUGCACAACAGUUUGUCAAGUACCAAGAUAUCAUCACUUACAGUGCCGUUGACUGGGAGUUUUUCACAGUUGCUGAAGACUAUUUCCUAGUUGUGGCAAAUUCUUAUGAUGGCAACUCCUUCUCUGUCAACAGUGUUAUCUACAGGUGGCAGGGCUAUGAGGGAUUUGUGGCUGUCCACUACUUGCCUACCUAUGGCUGUCGAGAUUGGGAAGCAUUUAAAACCAACAAUGGCUCCUACAUCAUGUACUCCAGUGCCAAGGAGCCAACUGCAAGGGUACUGAAGCUGAGGACUGUAUGAAUCCAGGAAAGCAAAAGUAUAUCAGUUCAGUCUGUGUAAAAGAUGUGACUUGGGAAAGCAGUUCACGUGUCUAUCAGACAAACCUCUAGACUGUUGUAAUCAUUAAAAUGAAAUAUGUCUGUGCAUGGGUGUCCUUACACAGUGCAGUCUGACUGCAGAAUCCGCGUGCUGAUUACCGCUAAUCCUGCGACUGGGCUGCACCGUGAUGGCGAGUACAGAUACAGUCUGGCGGUAAUCUACAUGCGGAUUCCGUAACCAAACUACACCAUGUGCUGGCACCCUAUAAACCCCUUGCUUAUUGCAAAUCUAAUGCAUGGUUGGGUCAUCUGGCUAGGAAGAUGUGGUUAUAGGUACAAUUGUAAGGCUAUGUUCAAGCAUCACAUAAUAGAUUUGCUGUAGAACCUUAUUUUAUUCAUCUGAAUGGGGUUUGCAGAAAUCCAUGCCCAUGUUGAAGCAACCUCAUUCAGAUACAUGGGACUGAUUUUCCGGUGCAACAUAUCCGCCAUGUGUGAAUAUACGCUAAUAAUGCUGCUCAGGCAGUGAACCUAAAUUGGCAAUGCAAACUUUUGCUGUGUCACUUUAUAUGCAGAGGCACUGUGAACUAGCCUAACCAUGGAACUGCCUAACAUAAAGGGAACUUCUGUAUCAUCUCCUGUAUGCUGCCAUCACAGACUGGCUGAAAUCAGCAGACUGUCACUUGUCUGGUAAUGUAAUUGUUUAAUGGUGGCAGCAUGCACUGGAGAAGAGUCAGGCGCUACCAGAGAAGAGUCUGGCGGAUUCAUGAGCUCCCUCUAUCC